AUUUUUUCUACUAAAUACUAAUAGCGCAAAAUUUUCCAUCGGGAGAUUUGGAAAUUGGCGGGUAACGGGGACUAAUAAAACGAGGGGCUUUUAUGCACCCAACGUCUGCGAUAAGUCGGUGAAUGGCGAAACGGUGCGUUCUAGCCUUUCAGUAUGAAGUAUCGUUCAUAGAGACCAGGCCAGUUCCGAUUUGAGGGGCUGAAAUCUGCAGUCUUUGAUUCUUGGUAAGAAAUAGAUAAACUGAUGAUCACACAAAGAUUCAGAAAGCUAACCCUGACCCUAAUUCCAAAAUGAACGCCAUGAACGAGAAGAAAAUUAACAAUAAUAAGAAGAAGUGUGAAUUCGAGUUUUGCAAGGUUUGCAAUCUGAAUCACGACAAAGGACAUCGCCAUAAGUACUUUCCUAACCACAAGAAGUCUCUCUCUGCUUUUCUCUCUCGAUUCCAGAGCAAGCUCGCCGACAUUCGGUUCUUCCUUAAAAACCCUAGUGUCCUGCGCCCCGAGCACGCCUCUCGUAAUCGCUUCUGGUGCGUCUUUUGCGAUGCUGAUAUCGAUGAGAUAAGCAGCUCCUUUGCGUGUGCUAAUGCAAUAAAUCAUCUGGCAAGUGAGGAUCAUGUGAAGAACUUGAAGCAUUUCCUGUGGAAAUAUGGUGGUGAGAUGAAUCACAUGGAUGCUUAUCGAAUCUUGGAAGCUGAUGUGGCUAAGUGGGAAAAGAAUUGCAAAUCACUGGUGAAUGAGGCUGCACCAUCCAAUGACAGAUCUAAUAUGCUGCAAGUUGGACCUUCAAAUGAUAUCCGAAAUGAACUCAAGAACAAAAAUAUAAAUGACUUUGAAAACUGUACUUUUGAUCCUAUAAAAUCAAAUCUUUCUAAUGGUGUUAUGCCUUUACAUUAUUUCACGAAUGAGUAUCAGAUAUCCCAUUCAGGACUGUCAGCAGAUACGAAUGUUGGGCCAUUUGUACAUGAUGCCAUCUUUUCUAUUCCUGCGGAUGCAUGGAUUUCAAAUGAUUUAGCAGUUGACUGGAAUAGCCAACAGCCUCUCCCUUAUAAGAAUUUAAUAUCUUCCUCUGAUCUUAGUUAUAGAGGGGUGAGCCAAGGUUAUCAGGGUGGAGGGAUGGUAAAUGGAGUGACCAGUUCACAAGGUUCGCAUAAUAUCACUCAAACUUCUGCCACUCCUCCCAAGAAGGCUGGAGGGAAUGUGCACACUGGAGGACCUCCUCCUUGGUUUGAAGCAACUGAAGAAAAUCAUCUAAGUGCUGAAUUGAAACCAAUUUCAUCUAGCUUCAUCUCCCUCUCGAACAAGCCAGGGAAAAAAUUAAAUCCAAAAAGGGUGGGAGCUGCUUGGGCAGAAAGGAGAAAAAUUGAGCUGGAGAUGGAAAAGAGAGGAGAAAUUGUCAAGAGUGACUGCGAUGAUAACUGGCUUCCCAAUUUUGGUAGAGUUUGGCAAUCAGGAAGUAGGAAGGAAUCUAGAAAAGAGUUUGAGAAGGAGAAACAAAAAUUACCCAAGGUUGAAAGUCAUUCUGAGAUGCCUCUUAAAAUAAAGCCUUACAUCAGUAAAAGAAUGCGACGGGAUGCAAGUGAAAGUGAAUGAUGGCCAAGGAUGUAUAGUGAUUAUCAUGCAGAAGAAAGAUAGCGCAGGUGCUAGACAUGGUGAGAGGUUAACAUGUAUAUUCUACUGUGAUUCCCCUUACCUUUGAAUUUGAGAUCAAUUGAAUUGGAUAUUGCCAUCAAAAGUGAAAAGGGAUAUUAGUGAACUUCAGUCCAGAAUUGGUAAAUCAGCUGUUGGGGUUUGUGUUGUAAUCAUGACAAUGCAAGGUAUGGCAGCUGUUGACGCUCGGUACUCUUUCAUUGUGCUGAAAUGAAACUAUCCCGCAUCUCAUAUUCCAGAAAAGAGAUUAUUGGUUUCUACUUUUGGUAUUGUGAAAUGUUGCAAUUUAUCAAAAUAUGAUACACAAUGUAAUUACCACAUUCUAUUCACUGUGUGAAAUCCAUGGCAAUAUACUUUCUCUGUUCAGAUGUUAGAGCAGUGUGUCAUGACACAUGACACAAGCUACUUGCACUAGCUAUCUGAGUAUAUAUGAUUUAUGCUAGUACUAAAGCCUAGACAUUUGCUAUAUAAUUUAGUGGAACAGAUGAUUCAUUUUUA